AUAUAUAAAAUAUAUUAAUAAGUAUUUCGCACGAAAUAUUAUACGUGCAUACGUGUGUGCACGGCAAACGCGUAAGUAUUUUCGGUGAAGUAUAUUGUGUUUUACAUCUCAAUUUUUGUUCGCCUUCUGAACACGGCGUAUUUACAAAGUUGUGUUUAAAAAUAAUAUUAGUCCUAACAGCAUUGUCGCGCCAUAUUGUGACGAAUUAGAGUUCCGCACACAAAUGUCUUAAAUGCUUGCUAAACUAAGAGUUUAUUAUUUUUAUGUUUUAGUUGUGACUUGGAUCGAACUACUAUGGUCAUAUUUCUAGACGUAGACCGUUUUUUGACUAAAAAUGAUAUCCGAGCCUUAAAAACUGCGAGAUGGCCUUGGAUUGAAACUCAUUUCUUGUUAUCUCGCAAUUGCCAUGGUUGUGGCAAGAGAGUUUCAACAUAUUCUGGAGAAAGGCCAGUUCAUAUUGUUUUGAAGGAAGAACACAUAAAAUUAUUGUUAAACGAAAAAAAUUUUUGGUGUGAAAAUUGCAACUUCGCCGUUUAUGACCAUUUCACUAGUGACGAAUGUGAACUAGAUUCCUGCCAUGCCUUUCUCAGUAGUGCAAACAAUUGAAAAAGGCGAAUUAAGAUUAACGGCCGUACCAGAUCUGUGGGUGCAUAAUAAAUUACUUUUUUGGCCAAAGAAGUCAGCAGAUAAAUUAAGGAGGCAGGAAAAUAGUUCACCUGAUGCUUCUUGGGAAAUCAUGUCAUGUGAUGUAAAAAGAAAAAAUCUUGAAACAUUUUAAGAGGCACAGGAUGAAAUUGAUACAAUGAGUGACAAAUCAGAUACUGAAACUGACGAAGGAGAUACGAACCGUCGAUCAUUACGCAAGGAAAAAUAUCCCUUGCCAGAUAAAUCUUUCAACGAAUUGGCGAAGACUUUAACAGAUAAUCAUAAUCAAAUGCUAAGUACCACAACACCAGUCACUCAAGUAGCCCAGAAAUCCCAAGAAGACACAAAUUGCUGUUUUGUGCCCCAAGACCAGAUUGUUGGUACAGUCGAGGGCAAUAUUCCUGUCACAAUUCCGGAAUCGAAUUUCCUCUUUUAUACACAUACAGAACCGGAAAUUUCAACACCAACUAACGAGAUUGAAGCUAUUAAGGAGAGCAUAGCAACCAUUAUAGCCAAUCAAAAUUCCUUACAUGAAAUCCAAACUAAUAUGUGUGUAAAGAUCUCAGAAAUACAAACAGAGCUAAGAUCAUUCAUAAAAAUGAGCGUAUCACAAAAAAGAGUUGACGAAGAGCCAACUCUAAUAAAAAAUAUCAAAGACCUUGAGGAAUUUGAAAAAAAUCUAUCAAAUAGAACAUUCUAAGAUAACAUGUUGAUGAAAUUUGUCGGUGUGUGUUCUAAAGGUUUGGGCAAAGGCGGCGUAAAUGCCUACCACUUGGUCGAUUCUUUGUUUGAAAGAAAUUUUCUUAAGCAAUGUACGUGGACUGGCUUUUCCAAGAAAGAAGCAGUAAAAAUAUGUUUUAAAGCGUUUACGAGAACGAUUUCUCUUUUUUUUGAUAUUAUCCACGCAACAGAUGAAAGUUUUACAAAAGUGGACUGCGAUAAAUUUUUUAAAACUAUUUUGAAAAAUGCUCAUAAACGCAGCGAAAGCAAUCAGAGGAUGUCGGCUCCAAAAGUUAGAGUAAUAAAGAGAAAAAGGACAGCAAAAACUCUUCCAAUAGAUGUGCCGAUUGAGAAUGUUAACGGAGAGGACUCCGGUCAAAACAGCGUCGAGACUCCCGAUUUAAACAAUGAAGAGAGAUCUGACCAAAAUGAUGUUGAGAUUUUCUAUCAAAGUGAUGAAGAGAGGCCUGAUAAAACGACGAAGGGAUGUCCGACUAAUUGAGUACGUAGUUAAUGUUUUCAUAUAAUGUUUACACACCUACAUUUGGUAACUCGAUUCAUUUUUUGUCGCUGAUUUUUGAAUAAUCCUAGAUUAGGUGGGAAUAAUUAAUUAUUGAUGGUGAUAUUACUUAACAAGAGGUUAAGUUUUCAUAGUUGUUAUUUCUAAGUUUAUUUUAAAGUUCCUUUGGUAGCUAAGACUUGUUGGUUGAAUAAAAGAGUACCUAUUUAACUAAACGUGAAAAAAGUGAUUUUUGAUGUACCUAUAUAACAAAAUUUUGUAUUGUAGUACUUAUACCUAAAAUUAAAAAGCAAACAAGCUAUGUAGAAAAUAGUAGUACCAAUAGUAAAAGCUGUUUGUAUUGAUGAAUGCUAUCAUCUGCUUAUGGGAUCAAAACCUUCGAAACGGGUUGGAAGAUUUUUGUGUGGAGCCUGAGGGGUUGCGUCCCACCUACAACUUUUCUUGUGAAAAGCCGUAGCCAUUGAUGGAACUUCCAUAAAUCGAUAGAUUGUUUCAAUACGAAUCGAAACUGAAGAGUGAUAAAAUCUCUUAAAGUGUCACAUUUCCGAGAUACAGGCCAUCAAACGUUCUAAUAUUGGAGUUUUGAAACUUUUGACAGCCUUUACCUUGGAAAUGUGAGAUUUUAUCACUCUUUAGUUUCAAUUUGUAUUAAAGCGAACUAUCGAGUUAUGGAAGUUCCAUCAAUGGCUGCGACUUUUCACAAAAAAGUUGUAGGUAGGCCGGGCCCAACCUAGGCCAAAUGCUGUUUUUACCAUAGUUUUGUAUAUUUUUUUUAAUUUGUUGGAAUUGUGAGUUUUGUUCAUUAAUUUUUAAGCACAUAAUUUUUUAAUGUUAAAUUUUUUAACUUUUUUUGUUUAACCUACAACUAUAGAGUAUUUCGUUAGCAUAACUUAGUAAUCUGACGAAUUUUGGCUAUUAAUUUUAAAGUCACGUUUGGUUAGUCAAAAAUUAUAUUUAUUUUUAUCUAUAUGUAAGCAUAAAUAAAGGAAAGGAAGUAUUUGAUACACAAGAUACUGAAGGACUUGUAAUUGUGAUAAAUGAUUGUGACUGUUUCUUGUCAAUAUGCUAAAGGAAAGGAACGUGAUUACCUCAUUGAUUAU